UCGGCGCCGCUGUCUGACGAUGGUAAACCUGAGAGACGGAUGGUUAGGGCUGACCGUCCUCGACUAACCUGAAAAUGCGAGUGUGACUUAAUGCAUGCCCCGUAUUUAUAUAGUGCUUAAUCAGGCUACACGUCUACAUAGCCUUAGCUAGUCACAGAAGGAUAAUUUUGUAGUCAUGGAGGACGACUGUGUUUGCGAGUACGACUCGACCUGGGACUCGGAGAGUGAUGGAGACGACCCGGCCGGAGAGAGCCAGACCCGACGGUCCUGCCAAGACAAAAACAAAUCCGCCUGGAAUUUAUGGCAUCACGCGCCCAGGAACAUGAGAGCAGCAAAGGACAUGCAGAACUACAGGAGAGGAUAUCCAAAUCUUACAGAUGACGAGUGCUCAGAAGACAAAAUGAACAAUUUGCAGUUUUAUCUCAAUAAAUUUCCCUCCUCACCUGAUGAUGUCUACAUUGAAUCAUUUCAUAAAGAAUGGAAAAAUGACUACAAAAGACUGGAGAGAGUUCACUCGUACAUUCAGUGGCUGUUUCCACUGCGAGAGCCGGGGGUUAAUUACAUGGCUUCAGAACUUACCAAGAAGGAAAUUGAGGCCUUCAAGAAGAAUGACGAGGCCAAAAAGAAACUAGUCGAGUCCUAUGAACUCAUGUUGGGCUUCUACGGGAUGCGUUUGGUCAACAAAGAGACGGGUGAAGUGAAACGAGCAGAUAAUUGGAAGGAGCGAUACGGAAACCUGGAAAGGAAUAUGCACAACAACCUGCGCAUCACUCGCAUCCUGAAGAGCCUCGGAGAGCUGGGCUUCGAGCACUUCCAGGCCCCACUGGUGCGCUUCUUUCUAGAAGAGACAUUAGUCAAGAAGACCCUCAGCAGUGUGAAGCGCAGCGUGCUUGACUACUUCCUGUUUGCUGUCCUGGACAAGCAGAAACGUCAGGAGCUUCUGCGCUUUGCCUACCUUCACUUUGAGCCAAAGGAUAAGUUUGUGUGGUGUCCCAGAAAGUUCCAGAAACAAUUCAGGAAGGCAGAGAAACGAUCUGAUGGUGUAGGGAAUGGAGAUGGAAAAGAUGAGUCCAUUUCACGGAGUAAAAGCAAAGAUGGAGAAGCAGUUGUGCAACAAAAAGAGGAUGGACUGGAUAAUAAUACAAAGGCUCAGAAAGAAACUGAUAAAACGCCAAGUAAAGAGAAAAACAAACUGUCAGAGGCGUCCCCUGAGAAAACAAAACCAGAAGCAGAGAACGUCGGAAAUGGAAACACAGAGGCCGAGUCUAAUGAUGAGAUUGUGGAGAAUGGAAAUGACUCCACGGAUGAUGUUGAUGAAAUGGAUCAGUCGUCCAGUCCUGACUCUGCGACGGCAAAGGCAGAGCCCUGUGCAGACAGCGAGGAAACAUUAACCAACGACUCAAAGGACCCCAUCCAGGAACCAGAUGUCAUUAUGCAAACGGAUGAGGAUACAGACACAAAAAAAACACCGAAGAAGAAGAGAGAAGAUGACAAGGUGCUGCCAAGCAACGGCUCUGCUGGGGACUCUGCCAGCGAGCAGAUGGAGGAGAAAGCUGGUGCUAAUAAAGCCACCGGUCAAACCUCAGCCCAAGCCCCCCCUAAGACUGCUAAACAUUCCCCCUCUCUCUCCUCUGGGAUAGAGGAAAAAAUCCCAAGGACUGAUUUUAAUCAAGUGCCAGAUAAGAAGGAAGAGGAAGAAACGUCAAAUGUGUCGGCAACAAAUGGGUCAGGGACGAGCGCCGACAAAGGUGUGUCUGAGCAGACAAACGGGAAGGAGACGGAGGAUGUAGAAAUGGAAUCAAACCCGGUGUGUUCAGAUCAAAAUAUGGGGAGUACAUGAAUAAACUGGGGAAAGGAGGAGUUCUUUCAUUUGAUCUUGAAAUGAAAUGUAAUAUAGGGACAGAGUAUUACGUUAAAGAACUUCCUAGGCCUUAUUUCUACUAUAUGUGAUGUUUAGAUAUUGAUUAUUUUCACUUUGAAGGAGUAUAUGAACCCACUAGUUGCUGAAUGUGGGCUGGAUGUUACUCGGUUUCCAGGUGGCCAUCAGACAAUAUUAAAGGGGAAGGCUGGUGGUAUUCUAUUCUUUUGUUAUUGCCAACAAAUCCCAUGGAAAGGUCAAAACCAACUGGAAGCAGCGGAGGCAGUAAACGUGUUAGCAUUGUUAGCUUGCUGGUGCUAGCCCAGCUGCUCUGUGGCCUUACAGGUCGUAACUGCUGUUGAAUCUCCACCAAACCAACAGUCUCUACAUACUUUGACUUCUCCACCUCCUGUCAGCUCCAAGCAUAUUGGGUCUUAGAAACAUGAGUCCUUAAAAAUCCUUUAAAACAUAGAGCAUUUUUUUUUUUUAAGAGCUAAGUAAUUGGACUAACAAGUGACGCGUUUUAGUAAAAAAUAACUCAAACAGGACUAAAUUGUGUUUUGUUGAGGACUAUUUCAGUUUUGUGAGUUGACAGUAGCAGGACGGUGCAUGUGAGGUUGACUGAAAAUGAAAUUCAGUGUCAGUGUUUAUUGCAACCGUUUUUGGACAAUAGAAUAAUGUGUAACAGGAGUAAGCUACUGUAUAUGACGCUCUAGAUGCACAUUCAAAACCUUCCUUUGUUUUUUUCACAGGAUUUGUCGGCAAUAACAAAAACAUUGAAUAUUACCAGGAUUAUAAUUUAAGGUGGUAAUGUACAAGGCUGAUAUUUGAUAUCUCUACAGAAAGCACUAUUAUUAAUGUAUAUCAAUUAAAUGAUGGUGUCAGCCUUUUUUACACCUUAAUACUUUCACAAUUUAAUUUUCUUUUGCACUAAAAAAUGAUUAAUUGGAAAAGCUUUUUUGUUCUCUUUGGGCUGUUUUUAUGUGAGUAAAAAUAAUCUGUUCUGGUUUGUGUUUCUGCUGGAUCCCGUUGAGCAAAUAGAUUUAAGAAUGAAUUUGCUAAGGUUAUAUUUCAUUAAUGUUGCACCAUCUGUAUGUGUUCAUGCAGAUUUGGGAAGUUAACUUUUUAUUUGAACAAUUGAGAGCAUUGCCAAAAAUGUGAUAAGACUGGUUGAUUGUAUAAUGUUUUUUUUGGCAGAACUGAUAAAGCUAUAAUUUAAAGUCCACUGUGUGUUCAUCUGACAUGAGUGAAGUCCAUGAAAAUGAACAAGCCAGGAUGAGCAUAUGGAGGCAUCUUUUAUAUCCACUUAAUUUUCACUAUUAGUUAUUGAACUUAUGAUAUUUCCAUAAAGAUAUGGUAAUAACUUUACAAACAAAUUGUUUAUAUAAUGACUUUUUUUUGCCCAAUUAAAUUCCUGGCAGUUACAAAGCAGAAUAAAGUUAUACUAUUUUUUGAA